AUGACAGACAAGAUCAUUCCUAGUGAAGAAGCACUUGUGGAGGCCAUUCAAAAGAUCAAGCUCGAGACACCUGAGGCCGGUAUCAAGAAAGUGACGACGCUUGUGCUUGAACAACAACCCAGCUGGCAAGUAUCAGAAAAGCGAGUGAAGAAGCAUAUGCAGCAGUGUGGACUCACCCAGACGACUCAGCCAGUCAAGAGUGGACUUGCUGACGACCCCUCUGUGCCAGUGUCAUAUAUCGAUCCUCGUUUGGACUUCAAGUCUGUGUCUGACUGUGUGCAGGCACGCAUGGUUGAUCCAGUCACAGGCAAGGGACUGUUUGCAGCACGCGAUAUCAAAAGGGACGAAAUAUUGUUUACAGAAGAACCCUUUGUGUACUUUCCACCCUGGGAACUCUUUGCCUUGGCUCGUUCUGGUAACGCCUGUGGUCUAUGCUGUAAGCCGAUCCUAUAUGCCAAUCGAUUGACACAACACUGCAAGUAUUGUGAUAUGUAUUACUGCAGCAAACAAUGUCGAUCCACUGCCUGGGAACAGUUUCACCAGUUAGAAUGUACUCGAUUAAAUCCAGCUGUGACAAAGUUGAUGAACUUUUGUGAGGGCGAAAAUUGGCAGGCACCUAUGGCGAUUGCUCGUAUCUAUGCUCGUAUGAUCUUGGCACACCAGCGAGACGAGUUGAAUGAGGUCUUGGGUCACCUCGAUGCCUUUGCGACUGUCAGUCAGGAAGAACGUCAGGCAAAAGAGACCGAGUGGAUCUUUAUGGAACAUCCCACACGCGAGCUCUGGGUCAAGGCACGCGAUUUCCUUUCCAAGGCGUACAAGGAACCACCAGCCAAGUGCAAGAUCACCAAAGCCCUGCCAGAUACACUCAAGGCUCAACUGUUUGAUGAUGAAAAGACAUUUUUGAAUUAUAUGGGUAAAUUCAACAUCAAUAAUCAAAAUGGUGGUCUCUAUCUAGUGCAUUCACAUAUCAAUCAUAACUGUUAUCCAAAUGUCAGUAUUGAUCAUCCUCAGGCCAAGUCACAGUACAAGAUUGCAGUGAGAGCGAUUAGAGAUAUCAAACAAGGAGAGCAACUGUAUGAGACAUAUGUAAAUCCAAGAUGGAAUAAGGAAACAAGACAGACCUACUUGGAUAAGUCAUAUUUAUUUAAAUGUCAAUGUGAUCGUUGCGAAAAGGAUUUACCAUUGACAGACGAUAUACGUAAAGGAUUAAGGUUAAGAGACGAAUAA